AGACCCGAACCCUGCGGUCGCACGGACUCCAUGAGCAUGGAAAAAAUCCACAUCCGCGAGUUAGAUGUGACAGAUAACUUCCGCAUGUCACCGAGAUCUGCCCAGAGGCAGCAAAUGGGUCCCAACAACGAUACCCCGACAGCCACGCCUACAGCAACACAGGUCACAGAGUUCGAGCAGCACUUCGUCCGCGUUCUGAACAAGGUCUACCAGACGAUCGAGAAGAACGAGAUGCGUCUCGGAGAGCACGACAGACGGGAGGCAGUUAGGGUCGAGUGGCAACAGGUGUCCCUGGUGUGCGAUCGCGUCCUCCUGGCCUGCUUCUUGCUGUCGACAGUCAUAGCGACGACGACUAUACUAUUUUCCUCGCCCCACGGUCCUUGACAACAUCUCUGUCGCGUUUUCUAGCAGAGUAAGCGAAACGAGAGGUAUGAAACCUCGUCAGGGAAAAUCUAAUGAGAAAAUGAAGAAGCGAGGACGUCUGUUCAGUCACACAUCUAAUUGUCUAAGAAGUCGUUAAGUGUCACAAUCGUGCCGGUGGGUCCCCCCCUCCCGAGGGCAUAUCAUCUUCAGCACUGGAAAUCCUAUAAUAUCGACCUAAUUUUUGUUUGUUCAUUUAUUCAUUUCAUUGAAGCUUCUUAGAACCUAUGUGAUUCCAUUUUCUAAACAAUGCUAACUGUUCCGUGAAAUCGAAAUGUCAAGCAUGGAACUGGGAGAUGGAUCCUUCCUUCCGUGUCACUUCGCUGAAAAAAGAAUAA